UUGAAAUUCAAACCAUUACAUACAUUAUUACAAGUAGGAAAGACAACAAAAUAUUAUAGUUUUAUUAAUUGGAUAUCAUUUUUUAUUUUAGGCUUCAACAUGCGCACCUACAAAAGAACAAGUAAUAGAUGCCAGACUUCCCAAGACGUUGUUUUAACAGCAGUAAAGAAAGUUAAACUCGAAGGGAAGUCCAUCAGAAGCGUAGCAAAGGAUUUUGGAAUUCCAUUUCGCUCUUUGGCUCGAUAUUGUAGCAAAGUAACUGAAGAAAAACUUAUUGCUCCACAAGAUACCCCACCUCUUACAAUUGGCUACAAGAAACUGAGACAGGUUUUUACAAACGAACAAGAGAAUGAGUUUGCUGAUUAUUUGAAGAAAGCAGCUGAUAUUUAUUAUGGAUUGUCACCAAAGGAAGUCAGGAAAUUCGCAUUUGAAUAUGCAGUGAGACUUAAGGUAAGGUUUCCUUCUUCUUGGGCUGACUGUGAAAUGGCAGGUGCGGAUUGGUUUUCUGCAUUUUUAAAACGGCAUCCUACACUUUCUAUAAGAACACCUGAAGCGACCAGUCUUUCAAGGGCUACGUGUUUCAAUCGCACUAAUGUGAAAGCAUUUUUCGACAAUUUGAAAGACGUUAUGAAUAGAUUGAAAAUUGGGCCUGGAGAUGUGUGGAACAUGGACGAGACUGGUAUCACUACAGUGCAAAGACCAGACAGAGUAGUUGCACGGAAAGGUUUUAAGCAAGUAGGUAAAAUUACUUCUGCCGAAAGAGGAACUCUAGUUACUGUAGCUGUUGCAGUAUCUGCGACAGGAAAUCAUGUGCCACCAUAUUUUGUUUUCCCUCGCGUCAAUUUUCGUGAAUAUUUUCUGAAAGGAGCGCCUAUAGGUAGUUCUGGAGAUGCAAAUGCUACCGGCUGGAUGAAGGAAGCAAAUUUCGUCAAAUUUGCACAUCACUUCGUAACAAAUGUUAAGUGUUCCAAAGAAAACCCAUGUCUGUUGCUACUUGACAAUCACGACUCACAUCUUUCAAUUGAAGCAUUGGACUACCUUAAAGAUAAGGGGGUCACUGUCCUUUCUUUCCCUCCACACUGCAGCCAUAAACUGCAACCAUUAGACCGGAGUGUAUUUGGCCCUUUAAAGAAAUUUGUGAACAGUGCCUGUGAUUCUUGGCUGGUGAACCAUCCUGGGAAAACAAUGACUAUUUAUGACAUACCUGAAGUUGUAAAUGCUGCUUUUUCUAGUGCGGUUACGCCGAGAAAUAUUUUAUCUGGUUUCAGAGUAAGUGGGGUAUCACCUUUCAACCCUGAUGUCUUUAAGGAUACAGAUUAUCUUGGUUGUUACAGGAACGCGGUAAUUCCGCCCCGGGACCUGAGUUACGGCGCGACCCAGCAGCGGACGGCGCGACCUUCCCAAUUACACGGCUCGCCCACGGUCAAGCCCCACGUCGCAGAGAGGCAUCUCGUCGCGCGGCGAGGGGCGACCCCUCCGGACGAGCGUCCAGGGAGCCCAGGCAUCUGCGUGGAGGCUGGGCUGCAUGCCAGCGAGGUCCCCCUGAUGGAUGACGCCAGGCGCGGCGAGGCACUGGUGCCCCCGGCUGAAGUCCCACGACGCUUCUCUCCCGCCGCCCUUGAUCCUCGUACAUCUGCGCACGUCGUGGCCAGGAGGGGGAGAGAGCUUGCCAGACCAAUUCCCUGA